CACUAGUUGAUCACAGUGUUUAUAGAAUCGAUCUAAUAAUUAAUGUUCGUUCUAUGAUCUUCAAUGUUGGCAACAUCAUGCCGGACCAGAUUAGUGUUUCCGAAUUUCUGGGAGAGACCAAGGAUGACAUAUCAUCACCUACAACUUCAAAUUUCGUGACGAAGAUGGGGCACUGUCGAAACACCAUUUCUGCGUUGGAAGAGACAUUGGAUGCAGAUAGAAGUGCUAUAAGUAAACUCAAGAAGUCAGUGAAAUGCGUUUGUAAUACUGGAAAUGAACAUGUCAGCAAUGAAGUAUUAUUUGCAGAGAACUUAGAAAAGCUAGGGACUCUAGCAUUGACCAGAGAUACUGAACCAGACAUAGGUGCAGCAUUCCUCAAGUUUUCAGUCGUAACAAAAGAAUUGUCAGCUAUUCUAAAAAAUGUGAUGCAGAAUUUCAGUAACUGUGUUUUAUUCCCGAUGGAUUCUCUCUUGAAAAAUGAUCUGAAGGGACAGAAAGGAGAUUUGAAGAAACCAUUUGACAAAGCAUGGAAAGAGUAUGAAUCAAAAUACACCAAAAUUGAGAGAGAAAAAAGGCAGCUGGCAAAAGAAGUUGGGAUGAUCCGAGCUGAGUUAUCAGGACCAGAGAUUGCUAUGGAAAUGGAGAAAGAAAGAAGAAGUUUUCAGUUGCAGGCUUGUGAGUACCUAAUCAAAAUAAAUGAAAUCAAAGCCAAAAAAGGAGUAGAUUUUUUGCAGCAUUUAGUGGAAUUUUGUCACUCACAAAACAAUUAUUUCCAAGAUGGGUUGAAAACUUUGGAACAUUUCAAAAGUUACGUAGAAGAAUUGACAUCACAGUUACAACAAAUCAAACAACAACAAGAUGAAGAGAAAAAAGAUCUGCUAGAACUAAGAAACACACUUCGAGGAUCACUAGCAUUAGAAAAAGAGGUUAGUUCUACAGGUAACAAUACUCAAUACAACGUUCACCAGCAGCAAGGCAAUAAAGCACAUGGCAGUGAAAAACAUGGUUACCUCUACAAACGAAGUGAUGGUAUUGUGAAAAAAAAUCAGAAAAGAAAAUGCUCGAUAAAAAAUGGCUACUUAUCAAUUGCACAUUCCACUUCAGCAAAACCACCAGUGAAGUUGAAUUUAUUAACAUGUCAAGUAAAGUUAGUUCCUGAAGAUCAAGGAGGAAAGAAAUGUUUUGACCUUAUCACUCGCAACAGAACGUAUCAUUUCUCUGCGGACACAGAGGAAGAGAUAGAGGAAUGGAUGUCUGUGUUGAACAACAGUCGAGAACAAGCCUUGAGAAUAGCUUUUGAUGAUGACACUCAACACAAACACUUGUCAGCAAGUAACAGUGUUAUUGAGCUAAGUCAGAGUAUAGUAAAGGAAAUUAAACUUAUGCCAGGAAAUAAUAUCUGCUGUGACUGUAGCAUGCCAGAUCCUAUGUGGUUGUCCACCAACCUUGGUGUGUUAGUUUGUAUAGAAUGUAGUGGUGGACAUAGAGAUAUGGGUGUUCAUAUUUCAAGAGUGCAGUCUUUAGAAUUAGAUAAACCUGGAACAGCACAAUUACUGCUGGCAACAACUAUAGGAAAUAGUAUGUUUAAUGACAUCAUGGAAAAAACACUUGACUUGAAUCAAAAACCGACACCAACCUCCUCAGUUGAUGAAAAAGGUGCUUUUAUUAGAUCAAAAUAUGAACAACAUAAAUAUGUAGAAAAAACAAAUUUCAGUUUGGAAACAAAUUUACAUUAUUUAGAGCGAGCAGUAGAAUCGUCUGAUAUCCGAGGUUUAUUACAAGUGUUUGCAGAGGGUGUGGAUCUCAUGACUGUUUUACCUAACCAUCUCAAUGAACAGACAGCAUUACAUCUUGCCGUGGACAACCAAGACUAUAGAAAUCUAUACAUAGUGGAUUUUAUUGUACAGAAUAGUAUACAGGUUGAUAGGAAAUCAAAAGACGGUAAUUCAGCACUGCAUAUAUGUUCAAUGCUAGACAGACCAGAAAGUCUUAAAAUAUUACUCAGAAGUGGAAUUAAGUCUGAUAUAGUGAAUAAGAAGGGAGAGACUCCAUUAGACAUAGCUCAAGAAUUGCAGUACAACCAGUGUGUGGAUUUAUUGAAAGAUGCAGCAAUUGGAAAGUAUGGGCAGUGUGAGAACGUGAAUGUAGCAUGGGGAUUCUCGGAGGAUAGUAAUGAUGAUGGUGUUGAAUUCAGUGAUGAUGAUGAACUGGAGGAAAGAGUUAAGAGUCCAGUGAAAAGAGUUAAGUGUAAGAGACCUGUUACUAUCACAACGCUACCAUCCAAUGAGACCAAUGGACAUUCAUCUGUUGUAUUAUUACGCGACAGAUCUCAGUCAUCCGGAAGUCGACGUGACAAAGCUGCUACAACAGGUGGCAUGGUCAGUAGUGAAGAUAGUAAUGGUGAAAAACCUACACCAGCAACAAGAUACAAAGAUUCAUAUCCACCACCACCUCCUCCACCGCAUGCAUCAAGAAGAAAACGACCUCCUCCCCCUCCUCCUGGAGAUGGUCGUCCACGGACAGAAUCAGAUCCGAUUCCUCCGCCAAGCCCACCACCUCCACAACCUCCAGUGAGAGUUGCUUCAUCUAGAGACUCACCACCAAUACCUCCACCAAAGACCAAUAGUUUAAUAGAGCACAUGCAGAAAAGUGAUCAAUCUGCACUGAAAGGAAGACCAAUAAGUACUCACAUACCGUCACGAACACAGUCUCAACCACAACACUCUCAGUCAGUCACAUUACCCAGGAAUACUGCAUUGGCUGGUAGUAGUCACAUGACCAGUUCCAUCCAAUCGUCUACUCGGGUUCCUCCAGUUCCUGUUCCUAAACCGAGGCUGCAAAAGAAAGUAAAAAGGGUACAAGCACUGUAUGAUUGUGAUGCUGACAAUGAAGAUGAAAUCACAUUUAAAGAAAAUGAAAUAAUAAUUGUUACAGAUGAGGCAGAUGCAGAGUGGUGGGUUGGAGAAAUAGAAGGCCAGCGACAUCGGAAAGGUUUCUUCCCUGUUGACUUUGUACAUGUAUUAGCGGACUGAAUCUAGUUCAUUCUAACAGAAUUGGUGUUUUUACUAAAAUGCAAUAAUCACUUUAUGUUUUUAACAUAAUGCACUGUUUUUGUCAUGCAAAUUUACAUAACAUUCUUUCAAUUAUGAAUCAAAAAUUUAUUAUUUCUGAUGAGAAAUGAGAUUUUCCACAAAGAGGUUGAAUCU